AUGAUGUGUUACCAAGAUCAACCAUGGUCUUAUUCAUCUGAGAAAAGUUUGGCAUUUGAAUUCCGGUCUUCACUUCCUCUACUUUGGCUUGGCUCAGCUCGUCAGCAAUACGCAUCCCUGGCCGCGCGGGAGUUUAAACUCGACACCAGCAAUCUUAAUGGAUAUGUUGCUACCUCUACUUCACCUGCCCAUUCUGGACGCAACGGAAUUAUCAUGUUUGAACGGGCGAACAUAUUCAUGCUCGACCAA